GAUUCCCCAAAAUACCCUUCCUGUCACUGAAACUCCUAGCAACAUUAGUUCAGGUCAGAAAACCAGAGAAGUUGCCAUGUGAACAUCGCUACACAGAUUGAGAAAUGAAAACCCUAAUUUCUCACACUCUAACCCACCAUUUGUCCCCGCAAUUUUCCCACCCAAAUUUUAUUUUCCACUUUCCUUCAGUUUCCCGAGAAAAUUCGAGCGAGCUCAACUUCCCCCAGAAAAAAUGGAUUUUUCACCCCAAAACAUUGACUUUCUGCUUAGCAUCAGAACCACUGAGUUACGGUGGAUGGGACGACCCAGUACUCGUUGGUGGCCCAGCUAACUCGGGUGAGUCAAACCAGCUUCGCAAUCUUCUUAAUUCCCUAGGAAUUGAUGACAAAAGGUACAUCUUUGUUUACGUUUUAGGGUUUAUUUGUGCUUUGGCCAUUACUAGGAUUAGGGUUUCUUCAAUUGUUGUGUUCCCAGCUUGUGUUGUGGUUUUUGCUGUUGGAUUUUCCAUUGGUUUAGUUAAUGGGGGGCAUGGUAAUGAGUUGAGCUUAAUUGGGACCAAGAAAAGGCCAAAGGAUGAGAUUUCUAGAGUUUCCAUCGACAAAUUGAGGAAUUUGGUGGAUUUAUUUUCUGGGUUUGAUGGUAAAAUUUGUAAUUUGAAGAGUGAUGUAAGAAGCCAUAUUGAAAGCAGUCAUGUCACCGUGGGUGAUUUGGAGGGUUAUGUUAAGGUGAUGGAAUCGAUUGGGUUAUGUGCUUCGAAUGCUAAAAGCUCCGUUGAGGCUUGUAUUGACAGUAUUUCGGUUGAAAACCAAGAGUUUGAAAGAACUUUGAAUCAGAAGUCUAUUAGGAGAAAGAAAGAAGUGGCCGAGAGUAGGUUUGACUUGUGGCAGUUUAUCGGUGGUGUGUUUAAAGGAAAAUCAGUUGCUUCCAAAGCUAAUAAAACGAAAGACAUUGCUAAGAGGGAUUCAACAGAUGCAGAAUUGAAUGAUCGAAUUCAAGGUAACAUUUUGGCUCCCAGAGUUGAAGAUGAGGUUUUGAAUUCGUUGUCCAAUUAUAAACGUGGAACUAGGAGUGCAACCUUUUCUGGAGAGAGAAGGAUAAAUGUACUUGUGCGACAUGAUGAAAUGAGUAUUUCUGAUAUGGGCAGUAGAGCCAAAAGGGUUUUGGACAAUGAACAGUUUAGUUACCGGAAUAGAAGAUUGCAGUUUGUCAACAACAAGAAAAUCUUUCUGAGGACGGGUAAUCAAAAUGAAGUUGAAACAUGGGAAUUGCCUGACAAUUUCCGGGAUUCCAACAAUUUAAGUGGCGAUUUGGAGCAUAUGGAAGCAGAGGCAUUGUUUGAACAAGAACAGAUACUCCACAAAACCAAUGGAAGUUACAGUCCUAGUCCUAGGAGGGAGAAUAGAGAAAAAGAUGCUUACAAACCGUAUAGCAGAGAAGAAUAUGAGAAAAAUGAAGUUCAGCACCUACCAUCCUCGGUUUCCAAUGAUAUUGAAUUCAAUAGGUAUCUUAUGGAAGCUAAUGACCUUCUAAAAGAAGCCAGAGAAUGCUUAAGGGUUAAAGGUGAUGAAGAGAUAGCAGAAACUGUACUGUAUAAAUCUGCAAACUUACUCUCUGAAGCCAUAGACAUGAAGCCUAUGAGUUUACUUGCUGUAGGUCAGUUGGGAAAUACUUAUCUUCUUCACGGUGAACUGAAAUUGAAAAUCAGUCGUCAGUUGAGGGAUCUACUUGCAAACUACCAUCCAAAAUCUGUUCAGAAACGUUCUAAAGUACAGAAUGGACUUGAUGAUGAGGUUGAAAGCAAAGAUCAAAUUGCAUCUGCUCUAGUUAAUGUUUGUGAAGAGUGUGAAGAACUUCUCGUUGAGGCUGGAAGAAAAUAUAAGUUGGCCCUGACCAUUGAUGGAAAUGAUAUGAGAGCCUUAUAUAAUUGGGGUCUCGCAUUGUCCUUCCGUGCGCAAUUAAUUGCAGAUAUUGGACCAGAAGCAGCUUUUGAUGCUGACAAGAUUUUCUUGGCUGCAAUCGACAAGUUUGAUGCCAUGAUGUCCAAAAGCAAUGUUUAUGCACCUGAUGCUCUGUUUAGAUGGGGUGUGGCAUUGCAGCAAAGAUCACGACUACGACCAAGAAAUAGUAAAGAGAAGGUGAAGUUACUGCAGCAAGCAAAGAGGCUGUUUGAAGAUGCACUUGACAUGGACUCUGACAAUCCCCAAGUAAGAGAAGCCAUAAGUUCAUGCACUUCCGAGCUCAGUUUUAGGAGCUAUUAGUCUUUUCCGGGUGAAUGAUCAUGCCAAAGUCAUUGUUCGUGACUCAACAAAACUGUAACCGGCUAGAAUGCUACUGGACAUGUUCAUUUGCUUACUGUAUGAACAAAUCAAGUCGGGUAGCCAUAUUAUGAAAUCCAGGUCAUGAUCAGAAAGAAAUAUUGUGAAAUCCAAAGGAUUUCAGUUGUGGGUGCUUAUUGGGGGAAAAAGGGAGUUGUUUCCCAAAUUAUGCUUGAGGUGUACUAGAUUCACUAUUGUUGGAUAGUGUUGGUCAAUUCCUCUGAAAACAACUUUAGUACUUUACAAUGUGGGUUGGACUGUGCUGAUGGGAGCUGAUGGGAGGCCUGUAUUGCCCACGAUGGGUUCUAGUUCAAUUAUCCUUGAUUAUGACACCUCAGAUCAGCCUCCCACCCUUCGCGUCUGGUGCCAUAGUCGUUGGCCCUACCCUUCGACAAAGUACUUGCUGCUGCUAAACGUCGAUGAGGCCGAAACAUCCUCUUCAUGCCUAAUCAAUGACAGAGUUAUGUGGGCACCUCAAGAAGCUACACUCGGAGAGGAAUGGUAGGAAGAAGCAAGUACAGUAUCGAAACAUCAACCAUAUUUAAGAAAAGACUGAACGCCUGGUAGUGAAGAAGAAUGGUGAGAAUGAGUCGACCCGGUAAAGCGCGGCCCGUAGAAAGAAAGUGGUAUACAUUGAGAGAAUUAAGGCUUCUAUCAGAAAUAGAUCGCCUGGUCCAGUAGCCGGUCAUGAUCAACCCUCUUCUUUUCAUCCCUGGAUUGAGGUUGCACCUCGUCGUAAGUUCUCGCCAUCCAUUGCGUGCUUCUUCAGUAUCUCCUCGGGAAGCAGCAAGAGGAUGCGGCCGAGGUCGUGGUAACACUAAUCUUGCCAGUCGUCGUCUUCUCUUUAUGCUUCGACCGUUAACUGUAUUGCAUCAGGGGCAAAGCAGCUGAUUUAAAAUCCUGAGCUUUGCAGGAUAGCAUUUUGCGUCCACAUGGUUGAAUUUUAGGGUAAAGAACUCGCUUGUUAUACGGGAUCCGACGCAUCCAGCAGAGCAAAACAGUGUGCGGGUCGACGAUACUUUUGCUAACAACUGAAGUGAGGAUGAUUCACAUUCUGUGGACCACAAUGCGAAAAACAUCAGAAGUUCGGAAACCUAGGAAUUAUUGAGCUAAAUGCUGAACAUUUAGAGAAAGGAAAAUAAGUGGAAGACGAAGAACGUUGGGUUCUGAACCAGCUCAAGUCUUGAUCCACGCAAACAUAUCCAUGUGAGACCUAAUAAUGUGACUCCAGAAUUAAACUUAACGAUCUCUACCUCCACAUUGGUUAUUUUUGCAUCCCUAACCAAAAAAAAUUCAUAAUACACGAUGCACAUUUGUCCAAUCGCAAACGAGUUUCAAUCACGCACCUGACCAAACCAAA